AUGCAAUUCGUCUAUCUACUGCCUGGUUGGGAAGGUUCUGCAGACGACUCGCGAGUCCUGAGGGACGCUGUAUCUUGUGCGAAUGGGUUCAAAGUUCCUCAAGGUUGCUAUUAUCUGUGCGAUAACUCCUACGCUAACACUCCUGGAUUUUUAGUACCGUACAAGAGGGUUCGAUAUCAUCUAAAGGAAUGGGGGCCAGGGACUGAAAGACCACAAAAUCCCAAGGAAAUGUUCAAUAUGCGGCAUACCAAGGCUAGAAAUGUAAUUGAGCGCGCGUUUGCAGUGUUAAAAAUGCGUUGGGGAAUCCUUCGGAUCGCCUCCUAUUAUCCAAUUCAGACUCAAAUUAGAUUGAUUAUGUGUUGCUUCCUACUCCACAAUUUUAUACGCCGAGAAAUGGAAGUAGAUCCGAUAGAACUUGAGCUUGAUAACUCUACUGCGAACAUAGUCAAUGAGUCAGAUCCGGUCGGCCAGGAUUACGUUCAGGGUGUCGAGCCCUCCUCGGAGUGGACAGAAUUCAGAGAUAGCUUAGCACUCAACAUGUGGAACAACAGAUAG